UUAAUUUAAAACUUUCUCUCGAAUUCUUGUGUCGAAGGCCGCCGAGCAUUCGUUAACUGAGCUAAAACUCGAACAAUAAACACAUUGCACUUAUUUCUGCCUCCCACGUUGAAAAUGGCAACUCCCAUAGUUGAAACAGGAACAUCAAAGCAGGAACUCUACUUAUUUAGUAGGAGAGACGAGGAAGAAAAGAACAGGUCCAGACCUCAAGAUACCUCUACGCAUGAUUUAUAUACUGAUAUACUGCAGGCUGGAAGAACAGAGUAAAGCCAUAAGAGUUGUCAGGGAGGGACACGUCUUGGACCCAAGAAUCCCGAAGCAAGAUGUUUCCAGGAUAGCGGACAUUGCCACAGGUACCGGGUGCGUGGUUCUUAACUUCUUAAUACUUAAAAAACUAUGCUGACUCUAAUUCAGCAUUUGGCUUAGAGAAGUGGCGGCCGAGCUUGCAGAUUCAGGGAACAAUGCCCCUGUGGAGAUGGUUGGAUUUGAUAUCAGUGCUGAACAAUUUCCCAAGAGUCCUGCUCCGAAGAACAAACUUGUCCUAUGGGAUAUGACCACUAGAUUUCCCAAAGAAUACCACGGUAGUUUCGACGUCGUGCAUGUACGUCUCGUUGUCCUCGCAAUAAAAGUCGAACAGAUCAAAGGAGUUGUACAGAAUCUUGUGGAGUUGCUCAGUAAGAAUUGAUAUUCUCCUGAAUUCAGUCUCGCCUCAGAAAAGCAAUCACUAACCAGUACAGGGCCCGGUGGAUAUCUUCAGUGGAGCGACAUUUCAUACAAGACUGGACGGAUGAUAACAUAUCCGGAUGAUUAUGGUGACCUCUCACUGAAACCACAGGUAGACAUGAUGUUAAAAUACUGGAAUGACCAAGGAUUGUCUCUUGAUAUAACUGGGGAUGUAGAGAAAGCCCUUCAAGAUUUGCCUGUGGAGGAAGUGCAUGUCACUGACCACAGCGAUGCAUGUUUUCGGAGGCCUGAGAUCAAUGAUGUGGUAGUAGAGUGGCAAUCGCGUGCAGAGUCACUAAUCAUGGAAAUGCUGUCGUCUAGGAAUGGACUUAGCAAGGAGCAGGCGAAGAUGGUAGCGUAUGCAUACCGGAAGAAGAUUUUGGAGAAGGCGAAACAGGGCGUGAUAUUCAGGGUGACGAUGGCAACUCUGGUUGCCCGUAGAAACAUAGAACUACGAGGCAAUCAAAAAUGAGCUUAAUGCUCAGCACUUGAGACUCUGUUCUUGAGGAGAUAAGUCACUAGCGAAAGGUUAGCAGCUAUUUGUGAAGAAGUCUGUCUUUCGUGAAUGAAUAGAGAUCCCAGUUCCUACGUCUAUUCUUCUAUAAAGUCUUCAAGAUUCUGGCACAACCAAUUUGUCAAGAAAACAGAUUCUUCUCGGGAAUACCUGAGUCUCUUCCAUUUGGCAAUUUUUUAAAGGGUCCUAUUGAAUAAAGAAUCUCAGGCAUAGCCGGCUCUAAGUCGAUACUCUUGGCUCUGAUAGUUUCGAUCUCCGUUUUCUCAAAUAUAUCCCCCUACAUUCCGUCUCUUUGGAUGUUUGUAUGGGAAAAUAACAAUUGCUAUAGAUGCUUGAAGAAGUGUUUCGCUCCACAUUAAGAAUGCAGAGAGAGCAUUUUCUCAUAGUGUCGUCAAUGAUAUCGGUGAAAUGAAGACCUAUAUCCGAAUGGGCUAGACCAAACUCUGUAUAAGAAUACAUACAUCUCUUAAUAUAGAUGAACGG